CAACACUUCCUGGGCCGCGGGCCCCCGAGCGGCGGCGAACGAACGAACAAAGCCGACGCGCACGCGCCGCUGACUCCUCCCCCAACACCCCACCCACCUUCUCCGUCUUCUUCCUCCUCAGACCAACGGAGCCGACCCGAUCCGGUCAAAAUCCAGACGACUCACUGCUUCCUCCGCCCUCCCUCCCUCCCGCCCCGAUCCCCCGCCAUGGUGUGCGUGGCGUGCCUGAUCCCGCUCUUCCUCAUCCCCUUCGUCAACGCGCUCCCCUACCUCUUCGACCUCCUCCUCAGCAAGGUUUAUCGCAUGCUUGGAUGGGAAUACAGGAGGCCCGAGAGAGUCCCAGCUGCCUGCCCGUUCAAGCCUGCAGCAAACAAGACUGAAGGUGUGGCGGGUGAAUCAAAACCAGUAGCAAAUCCUCAUGUUGCAAGUGCAAAUCCUCUGGUGGAACCCCAGAGUGCUACCACAGAAAUGAAGAAAGAUGAUUAGAACAUGUAACGCUCGCCCGAUUUGACUUAUGUGAACAACUCUCACUAUUUGUAUUUGUGACUGCGUCGUAACCGAGAAAUAAUUAAUGUAAGAUUGUAUAUUUGGGCAAGGAGAGGGCAGGCCUGGCGCAGUGGUGAAGUCCUCCCCACUUGUGCCAAGAGGUCCUGGGUUCGAACCAGCCUCUCUGCAUUGCACUUUGCAGGGGUAAGACUAGGUUCCUAUAAUCCCUCCCCAGACCCCACCUUGUGUGGGAGCUUCUAUGCACUGGGUCUGUCCUUUUUUGUAUAUUUGGGCAAGGGAUUGCUAAAAUAUUCCGCUUUCAGCAUAGGUUA